AAACAUUCUACACUCCCAGUGAGGUAUGUUUUUUUCUUGGAAUAGCGGGUAUACAAAAUGUUUCGAUUUUGUGCUAUAUCAAAUCUUAACGGGGAGGUAAAAUUUUCCCAUUAUUUUGAGUCAGCUUUAUGUGCCGUCACCAACUUAGAGAGGGAAAUAGUACAAGAAUGUCUUAAUACAGGAGACAAACAGGGUGUUAUAAAAAGGUCAGAUUGCUUGGCAGUUUUCAAGCGUGAAGGUAUAUUAUGUGUUGUUAUUGGUGCAGUUCCAUCUGCCAAUGUAAACAUAGCUUCAGAUCUUUUACAUUGUUUCACCUUUAUUCUUACACAUCAUCUUAAGAACAAGACGGAGAUGCAAACAGUUCAUAAUAAAGAAGUAAUUCACAACAUCCUGACUCAAAUGGUCCAUGGAAGUGUACUGGAAACAAGAAUUUCUCAUAUUCCAGCUCUUCAUGACUUUCAAAUGGCAACUGGCACUGAGUAUUAAUUUGAAUUCAUUAAGGUAGCAACAGAUCAUCAAUAAACGUCAUUAUCACUA